CUUCUCCGUAUCAUUUAUUUUAUUUUAUUUAUUUUAAAUUUUUUUUGUAUUAAAUCUCUGUAUUUUUUCCCCCUAACCCGAUUAUCCGGUUCUCACGGCGAGUUGGAACUCCUAGGCGAACGUUUCUAAUUGAGAACUUCGGGAUUCCCUCGCAACAUGGUCUAUUAUUUCACGUCCAAGGUGGUGGACCCCGCGGCCUUCAUCUACGUAGGGAAAGACAAAUUCGAGAAUGAGGAUCUCAUCGAACACGGACUAGAAAAAGAUGUCUGGUUUCACGUCGACAACCUUUCCAGUGCGCACGUUUACCUCCGGCUACGCGAUGACGAGCAGUGGGAUAACGUCCCGCAGUCGCUCUUGGAGGAUUGUGCGCAACUGACCAAGGCAAAUUCAAUUGAAGGGAACAAGAAAGAUAACGUCACCAUCAUUUAUACACCGUGGUCCAAUCUUAUGAAAGACGGGUCCAUGGCAACGGGCCAGGUCUCGUUCCAUAACCCCAAACUGGUCCGUAAAGUGCUCGUGCGCGAACGCGAAAACGCCAUCGUCAACCGGCUCAACAAGACGCGCGAGGAGAAAUUUCCGGAUCUGAGAGCGGAGAAGGAAGACUACUUGAAAAUGAAACGGAGGGGCGAGAGAAAGAUCCGAGACGAGCAGCGCAACAAGGAGAAGCAGGAGAAGAGAGAAAGAGAACAGCUCAAGUGGCAGAAAGAGCAUGCCUACGAUGAUUUGCUGAGUGAAGAGAAUGUACAACAAAGCAACAACCAGGAUCGAGACCCUGACUUCCUGGAUGACUUUAUGUGACCUCGCUACAACACUCAGGCAACCACCUCCCGAAGAAAAGCCACCUCCCAGGAGAAAGUUUUACCGGCUUCCCGAGUCCCAUGUCUGUUCACACAUCGCAUAUCGCAUAGUACAAAUACAGUGGAGUGGAGUCAAGAGGGUUUUGCACUUUGAGUGCGCUGGCUUGGGUUCGGCAUUUCAGCUGGCCUCUUUUUUUUUUUUUUUUUUUUUUUU